UUGAAGGCCCAUGUUGUUGGAAUACGUUACAACAACAAACAUCCCGAAAAUAGCAUUGAAGAAAUUGCAAAAAAUAUGAUUUCGCAUAUUGAAUGUCGUUUAACCAAAAAUGUUCCAUUUUUUGUGAUUGGUUAUUCAUUCGGUACUAUAGUUGCAUUAGAACUUGUUAGUUUAUUGGAAGACCGAGGAAUCUUCGGCACAGUUAUUCUGAUAGAUGGGUCCCCGACAUAUUUAAGUUCUAGUGUAAAAGAAAAUAUGGGAAGGGAAGACACUGAACUUCAAAUGGCAAUUGUGUAUAAAGUAUUUAGUAUUGUAAUUCCUUUCGAUGUACUUUCGGAGCAUCAGGGAGCAUUGUUAAAGGCGAAAGAUUUAGAACAACGUAUUGAUGUCGCUCUAGCUCUUAUACCUUCAGAAGUCCCUAACAAACAGAAAUUAGACAAACAAGACAAACAAAUACCUGUUGCUCUAUAUAAACGUUUGAAAGCAAUUAUGAAUUAUACAUUUGGAGAAAAGAAAAUCAAAUCUUUAGUACACUUACUCAAGGCAAAGUAUUCGUUGGUUGACGACGACGAUGACUACCAGUUAUCAAAAGUGAGUGAGAAUUUACCACAAGUUGUUACAAUAAAUGGUGACCAUGUAACGAUUUUAAAUAAUCCAGACCUUAUUAAUUGUAUCAAUAACAUUGUAACUUUGUAGCU